AAGAGAAGUUAUCUAUCAGCGCGAGCCCCAGCAGAGCUCAGUAAAAGACAGAGGGAGAGACAGGCAGCGGCAGGGGAGGCACCGCGACCCUCUCCUGGGGGGUCAGAUUAUAACAAAAAAUUAUACACACAUAUAUGUCUAGAGUUAGUCACGCCCAGGCCGCAGACUACGUCCUAUAACUAUUUUAGCGUUUUAAUAUAUAUAUUUAAAAAAAAUGCCUAUUUUACUUUUCCUCAUAGACACGUCCGCUUCUAUGAACCAGCGGACUUAUUUGGGUACGACGUAUCUGGACAUUGCUAAAGGCGCGGUUGAGAUCUUUAUGAAGCUGCGUGCUCGAGAUCCUGCUAGUAGAGGCGACAGGUACAUGCUAGUUACAUUUGAUGACCCACCAUACGGAGUUAAGGCGGGCUGGAAGGAAAAUCAUGCUACUUUUAUGAAUGAACUGAAGAACUUGCAGGCUUCUGGGUUGACAAGUUUGGGUCAAGCUCUCCGCUCCUCCUUCGACCUCCUCAAUCUCAACAGGCUUGUCUCUGGCAUUGACAACUAUGGGCAGGGAAGAAACCCCUUUUUUCUGGAACCUGCUGUGAUUAUUACGAUUACAGAUGGUAGCAAGCUAACACACAAUGCAGGAGUACAAGAAGAGCUGCACUUGCCCUUAAACUCUCCUCUGCCUGGCAGUGAAUUAACAAAGGAACCCUUCCGCUGGGAUCAGAGACUGUUUGCACUGGUGCUACGCUUGCCGGGUGCAUCCUCUCCAGAGCCUGAACAGUUGGGUAGUGUUCCCACAGACGAAUCUGCUAUAACCCAGAUGUGUGAGGUCACAGGUGGACGCUCCUACUGUGUCAGAACACAGCGUAUGCUAAAUCAGUGUUUGGAGUCCCUGGUGCAGAAGGUACAAAGUGGUGUUGUAAUCAAUUUUGAAAAGACAGGACCUGAUCCUCCACCUGUGGGAGAAGAUGGUCUUGUUGAUCCAUCUAGGCUGGUCUCUUCAUUUGCUUCACAGGCAUGGCAUAGUUGCCACAAACUGAUUUAUGUUAGGCCAAAUCCAAAGACUGGAGUACCAGUAGGUCACUGGCCCAUUCCAGAAUCAUUCUGGCCAGACCAGAACUCUCCCACUUUGCCUCCAAGGACAGCCCAUCCGAUUGUGCGCUUUUCCUGCGUGGACUGUGAGCCUAUGGUAAUUGACAAGCUGCCUUUUGACAAGUAUGAGUUAGAGCCUUCACCAUUGACCCAAUAUAUUCUGGAGCGGAAAUCACCUCAUGUGUGCUGGCAGGUGUUUGUAAGCAACAGUGGGAAGUACAGUGACCUGGGACAGCCUUUUGGGUAUCUCAAAGCAAGCACCACCUUGACAUGUGUCAAUCUUUUUGUCAUGCCUUACAACUAUCCUGUCUUAUUGCCAUUACUAGAUGAUUUGUUCAAAGUUCAUAAACUAAAACCAAAUUUGAAAUGGCGACAGGCUUUUGAAGCAUACCUGAAGACAAUGCCUCCAUACUUCUUAUUGCCAUUAAAGAAAGCAUUAAGAAUGAUGGGUGCACCAAACCUGAUCUCUGACAAUAUGGAUUGUGGCCUAAGCUACAGUGUUAUCUCUUACCUCAAGAAACUCAGCCAGCAGGCCAAGAUUGAAUCUGACCGGCUUAUAGUGUCUGUGGGAAAAAAGCCUCCCCAGGAAACCGGAAUUAAAGUGAAGAACCAUUCCAAUACACUUUCAUUGGCACAUCGUAAAGACUUCAAGCAACUUCUUCAAAGCAUUGCGGGAGAAGCGCCACUUCGGCUCAAUGACAUCAAUUUCAAAGAGUUUGCUGGUUUCCAGAUAGCACUUUUAAACAAGGAACUGAAGCCACAAGCAUACAGGAAUGCCUUUGAUAUUCCUCGUAGGAAUCUUUUGGAUCAGCUAACAAGGAUGAGGUCCAACUUGUUAAGAACAACUCAGAAGCUCAUUCGUGGUCAGGAUGAAGACUACCUACAUAGCAUUCCUGUGGCUCAAAUGGGCAACUACCAGGAAUACUUAAAAUUAAUGCCAUCACCACUUCGAGAAAUUGAUCCUGACCAACCUAAAAGGUUGCACACCUUUGGGAAUCCCUUCAAACAGGACAAAAAGGGUAUGAUGGUUGAUGAAGCAGAUGAAUUUGUAGCAGGGCCUCAGAAUAAACUCAAACGAGGAGCCGGAGACCCAAAUUCAGCAAGUGCGCUAAAGAGGCGAAGGAGCAUGUCACCCUUGCUACGACGACCCCAAACUCCUCCAAUUAUCACCAACCAUGUUGUCGGAAAGGGUCCCCCUUCUGCACCUGGUAGCCAAAGUCAUCAGAAUCUAAUUAAACCAAUACCACUUCAUAAAGGUGUUGAGGGCAAUGGUGUAAGCCCGGUGGAGAGUAAUGGAGAGAGAAAACCAGAAGGUUGGCUAGGGCUGGACAGACAAGUGGAUGGUUUGUCUUUAGCUUCUGAGGACCGAACCAGUAGUUUGGGGGUUGAUGGGGACAGUCUGUUAGAGGACACAAGCCAACCUAGUGAAGAUGGACUGGAUGAGAGACCUGACUCCAGUCCUUCAGACAAAGGAGUCUUACAAACAGAUGCAUGCGAGGAGGGGCCUCUCAUAGACCAAGAGGCAUCGGUGGCAGCAGUAGAAAGCAGCGAGGGUGUGACGUUUCCCACUAUGCUUAGGACAAGCAACAUGCUGUCUCUGGAUGGGACCAAUGCUGAGCUUAGAACACGGGUUAUGAAGGAAGUUCGAAAGCCUGGCAGAAAUUAUGAGACAAUAUUUAAGCUCCUUGAAGAGGUGAAAGGACCGAUGGAGGUGCAGAAGUACUUCAUCCACCACACAAUUAAGGAAGCUGCCAGAUUCAAAAAACGGGUUCUGAUCCAACAGCUGGAGUCUGCACUGGAAGAAAUGGAGAAGAAAUAUCUGACAAACAGGGUGAACAAUAUCCAUGGCAGGUGAUUGAUAGCCCACCGCUUGUCGUGAGAUGGGACCGAGAAGUCCAGCUCUUCAGAUGAACUGUGAGAGCAUGGCAAAGAAGGGUGAUGAGGAGAGAAAGGGGAAUGUUGCAUCCAUGCUUUUCCUCUCCACACCUUUGCCAACAUCCUGCCCAGCACAUGCCAAUCCCUUCAGUGCUCAGGAUACCUUAUGUGGAGAGGAGGUGGCUAGCCAGAGUUUUCAAGGAAACACAGACAGAAAUGUGUUCUUCCUUGGUUAAAAUGCAGGAUUUUUAAAGUCCUACGCAUUUUUGUGCAACAGCCCUCAAGCUGCAUGCCAGCAUGGAGGAGGAGCUGUAUGUAUCAGGUGGACCAAGGUAUGAAAUAAGAGUACGUGCUUAAGGUUAAAGUUUGGUGGAUGAGUGUAGAGUGUACUUAGCUAGCACAGCCACUUGUUUUCACUUGUGGAAGGUGUGUACACUUGUACGUGAUUCAGGUAGAACUGUUUUAGAUCCAUUGUUGAGUUUUUUUCUUUGCACUUUGGCAGGACUUGCUAACCUCAGCUAGCAGUCAGUGUUCACAAGUAAGACAAUGUGGGCUUUGUAGACUCUACAUAGCAAGAGGGCAAAAGCGUUAAACUAGACCACAAUCCAGUGGUUGGAAUGCUGGCAGAUGCUUUAGAUGCCCCUGGUAUUGGAUUCUCAUCUACCUCAAUCUUAACUUGAAAAACAAUUAAAAUAAGACAUUUAAAGAGACUCAAAUAAUCGCUGUUUCUUAAAGCAUGUAUCCAGGCAAAGUGAGAAAUGUCCUUCAAAUAAAUAUUACUGUUUUUGUUAGGUUGA